GAUUCUUCUCUCCCCCGCCUCCCUUAGACUCAUGGGUAAAUGAUUGUAAAUCGUGCUUGGCAGCCGCUGAACCUCGGAGACACCCGUGCCCACCUGACUGGAUUGGACACCGGAUGAAAUGUUACUACUACUCAGAUAGAGAGGAAACUUGGUUCGCUAGCAAAGCAUUUUGCUCUCGGUACAAUUCCUCUCUGGCCAUUAUUGAAAAGGAAGAACUGGCUUUUGUGCACCGUUACAAAGGCAGCCUUUCCCACUGGAUUGGCCUCCAUCGGGACCCAAAUCAACCCUGGAAAUGGACCAAUGGAAAUGUAUCAACGUGGAAGGUCCUUGGUGAUGGAGGGAACUGUGCCUAUCUGAAUGACGAUGGCAACCCAAGCUGUUCCAGGUGCCAAUCAUCCCAUCACUGGAUAUGCAGCAAACCUGAUGAGUUCACAAGUCCAAAGAUGGUUUAGAAGAGUUGGAAUGAUA